AUGCAAGCCCCUCCUCCCCAGGGCCCUCCCCAGGGCGGGCAGAUGCCCAUGAUGCCCAGCCCGGAGCAGAUUGCCCAUAUGCAACGACAGCUUGCCAUUGAUGCCGAGAAGAUGGGCAUGACCGUGCCGCAGUUCAUUGAACAUCUCAAGCGACAGGCACAGGAGCGGAUGCAAGCGCAGCAGCAGCAACAACAGCAGCAAGGUCAAGAAGGCGAACAUCAACACCAGCACCAACACCAGCAUCAGCACCCCCACCCUCACCAACAUCAACACCAACACCCGCCUCAGGGCCAACAACAGCCGAUAGUGCCGGGGCCGCCUAAUCCCGUUGCCAUUGCUCUCGCCAAGUUCCUACGUAGCCAGACCCUCAAGCCGCGCACCUGCAUUCUCAAUGGCGAGCGCAAGGACAUGUUCAGAGUCAAACGCGCCCUCCGCGCCCUGCAGUCGGAUGCCUACAAGGCCGCGCGCAAGAAGAACCCCGCGCUCCCGGAGAUCACGGACCGCGCGUCGCUCGAGAACACCUUCAAGCUCCUCCCGUUGUCGAUGCUUGCGCUGCGCGUGGUCAAGUCGGACCCGCACGAGGGCCACGACCACGGCCCGCCGGCCAAGAAGCAGGGCAAGCGCACCAAGGGCCUGUGGACGGUGCGCAUCGAGCCGCAGCAGGAGGCCGGCGACGAUAUGUACUACGUCUGGCUGUGGGAGGGCAGCCAGGUCAUGCGCAAGGUGUAUGCCGCCUUGGCCCUGGCCGCCAUCUUCGCCGUCGUCUGCUACCCGCUGUGGCCCGUCAAGCUGCGCCAGGGAGGGUACUACCUCAGCUGGGCCUUCCUGUGCUUCAUGGGCUUGUUCUUUGCCAUGGCCAUCUUCCGUGUUAUUCUCUUCUGCAUCACCUACUUCGUCCUGUCGCCCGGUUUCUGGCUGUUCCCCAACCUGUGGGAGGACGUGUCGGUCGUGGACAGCUUCAAGCCUGUUUGGGCGUGGCACGAGCCCGCUGCCGCCAAGAAAAAGAAGAAGAGCAAGAAGUCGGCCAGCGGUUCCGCAGCUGCCGGCGCGACAUUCUCCGGCGCGACUGGACAGCCGGCCCCCGCGAGUGCUACCACGACCGCAACUUCCACACAGAUCUCCACGGGCCCGCAGCAGCGCAACUAUAUGGCGCCAAGGGUUGAGGAAUUGGAAGACGACGAGUGA